CAGCGUUCUCAUUAUGUUCAUUUGGAGCAAUCUUACAUUCGGGCCUGUGCAGAGUCGAAGCUUCUCUGGAAUUCCUGAUGAAUCGAAGUUAACUGGUCAGAUUAUGGUGGGUCUCUGUUUGAGGAGAUGUGGCCUCAGCUUUCAAGCAUUUAACGCAAAAAUUUAUCGAGAAGAGUUGCCACUGGAUCAUUUCUGUUACACAAAAUGCAUUGGGAAGGAAGGGAAGCAUAAUUCUUCAGUGAAGGAGCGAAAUCACUUGUUCAAUCCGCAUAACACGCCUUCCUUCGAAAGAAUCAAACGAGAUGCCUCUAACAGCGUAAAAAAUCAGACGUCCUCAAACACGUCAGUUGUUCCAAACGGCGAGAGAAUCAAGCCGACAUCUUUCAACGCAUUUGGUCGAAAAUGGUUACAAAAAUGCUUGAUGAACAAACCAAGAGCUGAAAAGUCGUUCACUGCCGAUGACGUUAAGGUGACAUAUGAAGAGCUUAACAGCACGGGGAGGUAUAUAGCAACGCUGUCAUGGACACCUUUUGAUAUUCAAGCGGCUAAUUGGACCGGAUACGGAAUAAUAUACGAACUUUUGGAUCCCUUUAGCCCGAGUCAACGUGUGUAUGGCCUGUGUCAAGAAUUGGACAAGAACGCUACGAACUUUGCCAUAACUAAUUCUUCGUAUGGACUGAAAAAUGGUUCUUCCAUUGCACAUUACAUCACCUCUCUUCCAUAUCCAGUUGAGAUACCAUUCUACUCCCUAUUCACGUGCAAAGUGCCCAAACCGUGUUUUACGUUUUCAAAUCAACCAACUACACGUACAGGCUACGCGAUUCAGUUUACAGCCCAGAGACGCCUUAAGUCUACAGCCCAGAGACGCCUCAAGUCUACAGGUGGCGACGAAAAAAGUGUUACCAACAUGGCAGCUGCCAUCUCCUCUACAUGUGCUGUUGUUCUUAUACUUUUUUUGCUAUCGUCUUCGACGUCCGUUAGUUUCAUUGCCUGAUAUGGAAUUUGAGUACCACGCCUUCCUUAUAUACAGCUCCCAAGACUUAAAGUGUUGUGUGCAAUACGUUACUUAACAAAUAGAAUCCAUGUUGCCAAGCGU